AUGGUGAAAGAACGAGAUGUUUUGCUGCAAGAGACAAAACAGAUGAUGGAAGAACAACAGAAAAAGCACAAAGCUGUGCAAAAACUUCUUCAAAAGAAAAUAGAGAUGCUGAAGGUGGCGAUUUCCGGUCAACCCUGUAAUGUAUCUAACUCACCCCAUAUUCCAAAUAUUUCUCACAUGUGCGAGAAAGCAUCAACAAACACACCAUCAAAAUUUACUGAAGUUGCUACUAGUAAAGAAGUUUGUGAGGAUGGUUGUGAUGAUGUGGUGGAGCAAACUGAAGUUGAGGCGAACAAGGGUAAGGAUUGCAAAUUGGCUUUCAGCUCAAAGGACAAUAUUGUUGCAAGUGGCACAAUUGUUGACAUCAAUGUGCCUCAACAACUGCUUCAUAAUGUUCCUUUAGGAAAGGAAAAUAUAAGAGUCUCUGUUAAUUAUGCCAUAAAUGGAGCUUCUCCACUACCAAUACCAGUGAAAGGAGUGUUGAAUACUGUUGAGGAUGAUAUUGGGUCUCAAGUAGCUUGGCCAGAGGAUCUUAUAGUUUUUAUAGACGAUGUAGUGAAACUAAUGUCCCAAGGUCAGACUCUUGCUUCAUAUAUUGAUGAGGACAUAUUUGGGGUAGAAAAGAUGAUAUAUGUCCUUAAAGAAGAUGUUAUCAGCUUCAUUCAAAUGAAUGAAAUAGGGCAAGCUAUAAUAACCGCUUACAUUAGUCGUAUCUUUCAUGAUCUGAAGUCACCGGAUGAGGCAGGGAGGGUUCAAUACAUUGUGAUAGCUUUUAACCAAGCUAGUAUUGACAGCAUCUUUUUGUUCCCAUACAAUCCUGGGGGUCAUUGGAUCCUUACAAUCAUUGAUGAAGAGAAAGACAAUGUGUAUAUCAUGGAUCCUCUUGGGGCUUGUCACCCUCAUGAAGUGUGGAAACGUAUUGGUGCUCCCAAACAAGCUAAUGGAAAGACGUGUGGUUAUUGUGUGAUGUGGUACAUGAAGGAAAUUUGUGAAGAUUCAACCCUUGCAUUUCGAACUAAGUAUGCUAGAAGUGGGAAAAAGAAGGCAUUUUACACCCAAAUGGAAUUGGACGAGGUUUGA